UGUUGUAACUCGGAAUAAUAUAAAUUACUUUAUUGAAAUAAUCACUCACAAAUCUCUUUUCUGUUUUCUCUUUUUCCCGCUUCCCAGUGUUCACAUGGGGCCGCAAGAUGGGCAAAAAGUUUGAUCUACUUCGUCGUGGCAGCGACGCCCACAAGCUGGCCGUCCCCGGUAGCGUUGCGCUUGUCACCGUAGCCCCACCGGUAGUGCCACCGCCGGCCACCAGCUCCACCUUCUCCAUGUCGCCGAUCAGUGCGACCGCCACAUCGAUCGCCUCCUCGUCGGAACCGUGCAUCAGUACGAUCUGUGGCGCCGAUCAGGAGAGUGGCCGGAAGGGAAAAUCCACCGUCCCGCUAAAAGCAUACCAAAGUCAUCGUUCCGCGAACGGUGGUCCAGCUUCGAAUGGGCACGACCCGCUGGUCAAGCUCAACUCGGAACGAUCGUCCGGUACGUUCCGAAAUUUCUUCUACCGCAUGGGUUCGACCGGUAUGCUUAACCACAAGUCGAACCAAUAUCAGAAGCAACAAUUCUUGCAGCAGCAACAAACUCAACAGCAGGCCCAACACUCCCAACAACCACAUCAACUGCUGCAUCACAUGUCGCUGGCCCAAACGCAGGCCGACCUGAGCAAAAUGGAACACCAACAGAUGCUGUACCGGAGUAGUUCGACGAGUCAGCUCAAUACGUCUUCCUACGUGAAGUGUGAUGAUCCUACCGACGGUGUCAAUCUAGCAAAUGGACACACGAAAUCAUCCGUCGGAAGUUCGUCCUCUUCCUCACAGCUCCAUCUCACGGGGUUGCGUGGCGAACAGACAAACGGAGCGGCUGGUAAUGGUGGAUCCAACUCCGAGACGUCCUCCGCUUCCCCAUCCAGCUCGACAGCAACCAAAUCUUCCAGCUGUGACGACAUUGCACGUGUCGGUCAGCAGACAACCCCACCGGAAGGUUCGCUUUCCAAAAAGAAUCACUUCCCGUACGCGUUCCUGCGCUCCAAGCUUUCGGUACUGCCGGAAGAGAACGGUGGCUCGGUAAUCAACUACAGCCGUAUCAAGGAGAACCUGCUCCGUACCGGGAACCGUGGUUCAAUCGUUAGUCUUCGCUCGGAUCUCGACAGUGUGUCCAUCACCGAUUCGCAGCUCAACAUCUCUGGCGAGAGUGGUAGCGAUGUGUUUCUGCCCUCCGCAACCGAUAGCAAAUCGAUCGGUGCAAACAGUGACGUUGGCAUCAUGUCACGCAACAACUCCAUCAAAACGCUCACCGACACGGAGCACAGCUUUGUGCUGAACUACCAGCGGCUGAGCAGCUGUUUGAGCAGUAACGAGUCAGGGUAUGAUAGUGAUGGCCGGCACGCAGAGGAUAAGAUCGAUGAUGCGAGCAAUACGUCGCUGAGCAGUAGCGUUAGCUUGUCUCACCAUCAUCACCAGCAGCAGCAACAGCAGCUGUCGGGAGCGUCCUUUAAUGGAGGUGAUGCGUAUGUGGAUGCGAUCCGCUCGAAGGACCAAUCGUACGUGUUCGGUAGCCGGAGACGGCUGUCAUCCUCCUCGUCGUCGAUCGUUUCCGGCGUUGCGGCUACCAAUGGUGGCUUCGAUUGCGGUACGAUCCGGCGUCGGUUCCGGCAGAUCAAGCUGGUGAAGCAGCAGGGAGACGACACGAUCGGCAUCGAGCUGACGCCGCAAACGAUCGGGCUGGAUGAGGGCGAGUGCGAGACGCGCUAUCUGGUCACCGAGAUCGAUCCGGAAGGGAUUGCUUACAAAGACGGCCGAUUGCGCAUCGGCGACGAGAUUGUGAACGUAAACGGGCAUCAUUUACGUGGCCUGCAGUCUCCCAGCACUGUCCAGCGUAUCCUGUCGACAUUUGUCAACAAUGUCGUAGACCUUGUCAUUGCACAUGACGAGUUAACUACGUUCAACUCUGACGCCAACCGAAAGAUCAAGAUCGAUUCCCGGCCGGCCACGUCCGGUGCGAUCACGAUCGGUGGCAGCUCCUCCUCCUCGUCCGGAGCCUCUUCGUCAUCCUCAUCAUCGUCGUCCUCACCGACGCGGUCAUCCAAAGCGCCGGCCGUCACCAGCACUCCCAGCAACACCGCCGGCCCAGCCAAACCAUUCCCGCUGACACCGAUCUACGCACCGGCCGACUAUGUGCCAGUGUACGCGAACCGCAUCUCGAUCUCGAACACCAUCUGUGACGAUGAAAAGUGGCAAAUGAUAAGCAAGCAGCGGUGUGAGGCGCUGGUGAAGAACGGUUACUCACAGAUACUCGGUUCAAAGCGGCUGAUAAAGGACAGUGAUGAGGAGCUGUUGCCGAACGGUGGUGAUCACGGGCAGCCGAAGCAUCGGAUCGAUUCGAACGAGACGGGGCUUUACUCACUGUACAGACCCGUUUCGCACGGCAGCAUUAAUCAAUCGAUACGUCACCUGACGGCAAAUGGUGAGGCAGACGAUGGGAAUGCCAGUUCCCGUGCGUCCAUCGCCGAAGGACACGCUCCGACCGUCCUGGUGCAGGUGAUUUCCGACACGAUACGGCGGAACGUUCCGAUCGGAUCGGCGUAUCGCGGUGCGAAGGCACUGAAGAGUGAGGAAGACAUCCCACGAUCGGUGCAGCGCAUCCGGCUAAAGUCGGAUGACGGUGUGGUGGAGAGUAAGGCGGAGGCAAGCGUGCCACUGCAGCGGUCCAAGACGGAGAGCAAUGUAAGUGGGGCGCGCGACGAGCUCGACUGCACGCUCGAUGGUACAAAGUUUGAGGCGGGCGUACGGAUACUGAUCAACGAGGAGGGUUCGUCUUACAUCGAGGGAAUACACAAGUGCACCUAUCUAACGGUCACGUUCCACAAAGGCACCGGGAUGAAAUCGCUCGGCUUCAGCAUUGUCGGCGGUCGGGAUUCACCGCGCGGCAAUAUGGGCAUCUACGUAAAGACCGUCUUCCCGAGCGGGCAGGCCGCACUCGAUGGAACGUUAAUGGCGGGUGAUGAAAUUCUGUCCAUCAACGAUGCCGCCGUGCAGGGUAUGAGCCACUGCGAGACGAUCGCACUGUUCAAAAACGUCAAGGAAGGACCGGUCGUGCUCAAGCUGGCCCGCAGAAGAUACCACCGGGCCAAGUCAGUGGAUAAUCUACCGAACUGAACCUUAAGAUAUCAUCGCACGCUGUUUCCCUCACACAACGGAGCGCGUCUCACAACUCCCAACCAAAAAAAAAUGCAAAAUGCGUUUGCAAGGCUCAAUGAGGAGAGGGGAGCAGCAAAAUGCCGCGCCUGUGUAAAGCGA